CAUUAUAAAUCAAAUCAUACAAGAGAGCAGACUGUUCUAUUUCAUUCUUACAAAAUUUAACUUAAUUUUUUAAGUAUCUAUAAAAAAACGGGGAACAAAUUUGUAUCCUUAUAAAUCGAGCAUACAAAAGCGUAGAUUAUUCUACUCCAUUCCUACAAAAUUUAACUUAUUUUUUUUUUCUAAACACCAUUCAAAAACGUGGAAAAAAUCGUCGAGAAAAAAUAUUAAGUAUAAAAAACGUGGGAUAAUUUGUAUCCUUAUAAAUUGCGCAUACAAAGGAGUAGAUUGUUCUAUUCCAUUCUUACAAAAUUUAACUUAUUUUUUCAAAUUAACUUUCGAAAACUCGGUAAGAAGACUAUCAAAAGCAAAGGAGCAGAAACUAAAAGUAAAACCUGGAUAAAAUUGCCGUUAACUAAAAACCAAGAAAGAAAAAAAAAAAAAAUAAUAAACGCGUUUCGUAAACUGCCGUCCGCUGAAACCUUUGAAUUAAAUACAACAACAACAAGAAAACCAACAAAAGAAAAUUUGCCAACGAUAAACAAGCAACGCAGUGACCAAUUCAGUAAUUAGUGCAACCCAAAGCAACAAAUUUACCAGCAAAAAAGAAAAAAAAUAUCAAGCAAAACAAACAUUAUGGCAUUCAUUUCAAAAGAUUUUCGCUCACCUGGCGAGGCAUGGGUUAAGACCAAAGAGGGCUGGGAACGUCUGAAGGUGCUCGAAUGCAGUGGCAAACGUAAACGCCACAAUUGUGAGGGGAGCAACUGCCAAGACAGUGGAGCCACACAGGAGUCCAAGGAUGGAGGCGGCGGAGUGGAGUAUCAAGUGCAGGGUGGCAUGCCCCCCCACUAUCACAUCACCUUACGUUGCACGCGCGAAAUAGCGGGAUUUAAUGGCUUGAGUGAGGCGGUGAAGCGUCUCGAUUUCCGUCGUUCGGUCCGCGACCGCAAACGUUUCCAUUAUAUCUGCGCUUUUCUCUUGCUCGUUUCCAACAAGGGCAUAGCCAGCUUGCCGGGCAGUGCCCAGCGUCAGCUGCUUCAAAUGGUCGAAGAGGUGGCAUCACAUGUCAACGACAGCCAACAGCAUCUGAAUGUGCUGCGCGGAUUGGCCCUCAAACUGGACAAUAUUGUCGAUCAGGAGAAACAGAAAUGCUGGGGCAAGCCACUGGGCAGCACCUAUUUGUGGCAGGAGCAUGUGGCCACCAUUAAGCGCAUCAAUGAUGUGGCCAAUCAGAUUCAGAUCAGAGAGCCCGAUCCAAAGGCCAAGCCUCAGUUGCAUGAGCUACCCGAGGAGUGUGUCCGUGAGAUAAUACUGUGUAUAGCCGAUCAUCGCGAUUUGGAAUCGGCUGCCCAGGCUUGGGAUACCAUGGCCAAGUUGGUCUGCGAGCAGCGCAUUUGGCGUGAACUGACACGUUUCCAUUUCAAUCAGCAACAGAUCAACAUUAUAUUGGAUCUGGAUAAGUUUAAGAAAAUGGGCGAGGAAAAAGACUGGAAGAAGAUCUAUCAUCAGCUGCGUCGCACCUAUGGCGUCAACGAUGAUUAUCAAUUUGCCGAGGUAUUGGCCCUGUGCAGUCUGUGCUGUUGCCUAUUCUGGCCAUCGGAUGGACAUCCCUGUAUUAUGGAUCAGAGCCCAGAUUUUCGGCAGCGCGUUGAGGAGGCUCGCGGCCAAUUGGCCAAAUUGGCUCAGCCCGUGCCGCCGGCACAAUUCUUAAAGUAUUUCUCAUUGUAAACUAACUUAACUUACGGGAUGAUGGAGAGAGACAGAGACAGUGCUAGAAGGAGACGGAUAGAGAGAGAGAGAGAGAGAUUGAAAGUGAGUGAGACACAGGAAAUGAAAGAGAAAGAGAGACAGAUACCUUGAUAUUUUUAAACACACCAGCUUAGUAUCAAACGAUGAUGAAGAUGAUUAGGAUGAAGUGAUACUAUUGCUGUGGGAUGAGCUUGUUGGAUGCCUAUGAAAGUUUUUAUUGUAUCCAUGUUAAAAUGUUUUAACAUUGUGCAAAGCCGCAAGAAGAAAGCAAAGUGAUAAUGAAGUUUUAAUGCAAGUAAAAAUCCCCAUCAGUUAAUUAUGUUUUUUGUUUUAUGUAUGAUUACAUCUAACGGGAUUCCAUUCGCAUUGUCACAUGGAAUAUUUUGCGAAACGACAUCAAAGAGUACUACGUCCAUUUGGAAAAUUAUCGAAAUUUUUAAUAUACAACUAAAUUUUAGUUCCAUUUAGCAUAUUUACAACAAAAUUGAUCGAAACAUUCUCUUAAAAGACAAAACAAUCAAAUUUAGAUUAUACAUGUAAUUUGGCUUUUUUUGGUGUGAGGUACUCGAGAUAUAUAUGUAUUUAUUAAAAUUAAUGAUAAUAUAUUGUUAUGGAAUCCCUUAGAACCUUAAA